AUGGAGAGAGAAACUCCAACUACAGUAAUAGAAAGGAUGAUUCUACCGACCAACAUGUUCCGAACUCCUUCGCCGACCAAAAUCAUAACCAUGGAAGUACAGAGCUCUCUAAGUCUCUGUUACGAUAACAAGUACAGUGAAGAUAUAACUUUGAAUAUCGACAAUAUUGGACCACUUCUGACGUCAUUGGGAGUUAAGCAAGGCGAGACAGGGAUAUUGGAUUUGAUCAGAAACGCUUUGAUUGACACAAAUGGUUGCAUCGAUCCUCUGGAACUUGAGAGGGCGAUAGUUAAUGUGUCACUGGAAAAUGGAGACGACGAAGAAGCCUUCUUUGAAGAAGCCUUUACAAUCAUUGAUCUGGAUAACGAUGGCUACAUCACAGCCCCUGACAUCUACCGGCUGUUUCAAAAACUAAAUAUAGGAACAACUGACGAAGGGCUGAUAACUCUGCUUAAGAAUCUUGAUUUUGACAGAGAUGGCUCGAUCGACUAUGAAGAUUUCCGAAGUUUUAUGCUCGGGCUUGAAUUCCAAGAGCCAGAAAUAAAAUCAGAACACAACUGUAGCGGUGAUGACGAUGAUGUCAAAGACGACGAUGAAGCGAGCUCGCGACUAAACAUUGCCGCUUUAAGAGAUAGGAGGCCCAGUUUACGGAAACUUACGAAAGAAGACAGCCAAUUCAAUUUAGUGUCCGAGAAAAAGCGCAGCCUUUUUUCCUAUGCUGGUGUGGUCAAAGACACAUUCGCCGUUGUAUCGUACAUUCGUCGGGUCACCCAAACCGAUAAGCUAGAACAGGAUGUCCAGCAAAUACAAGAAAAGUUAGAAGCAACAUCUUCACAGCUGACCGCGACCCAAGGAGAAAGCUCCCGUAGAUCCUCGCUAAGAAGUGACAUUUCGAAUAUCUCCAGACUUCUUCCUCCUUCGACCAAUCGCAGGAGAAAUUCUGUAUCGUCAUCGGCGUCUUCAGUGGGAAGUUUCUCCCCGGAAGACUUUUUACAUGUCCUACCUGCGAAUUUUUCUCGACGACCAUCUAUGGACAGUGCGUGUUCAUCACAAAGAAGUCGUAACAAUUCGGAAAAGUUAAAUGGAAACGUAUCCAUAAGAAUAAACGGAACAGCAACAGGUGCAAUGAACCAGGUUAUUCCGAAAACAGUGGUGGGGAAAGCAAAAGAUACUGGACAAGACAAAUCCCAGUCCGGAGUUGACGAUAAUGAACUUCUGUGCUUAAAAGAUCUGUGUUUGACCAUAACGGAUACUGACAGCGGCAACGACUCUGCAUUGACGUUGUCCCAAACGGUAAACGGAUUGGUUGAGCAGGCUAGUGGGAUGGCCAAUAGACGUAACUCAACAGCAGACUUGGAUUCAUCCAUUGGACGUAGUAACUGGGGAACCGGAGCUGCCUCAUCGGCCAAAUCACCCGGACAACAGAAGCGACAGCUUAGUGUGGAAUCUUCAGCCAACGAAUUCAGGGAUGAUAACUCGUCCGUGAAAUGUCCACGUGAUAACUAUGACCCCGAUGAUAUGACUAGUGCUACUAGGAACAAUUUAUUUGAAUUUCAUAAAAUAACAAGUAAGUCUUCCAACUCCAUCGGGGCAGAAUCGACCUUGCCGGAGGAGAUUCCGCAAGGUCCACAAAAUUUAAAUGCGGAGACCCCAAGAUCCAAGAGAAGCGACAUGAAACCAUUUUUUCCAGCAGGUACCCCGAACACCAGGUUAGCUUCACCUGGCUGUUCUAGAACUGGGAAAGAAAAUGGCGACAGUGAGACGGACGACAUGUACAUCAGCCUUGUCGAAAAGUAUCACCGACCCCAGCGGCGUUAUCGGAGACGUAUAUCCAACGACUCUGCGACUGUUGGAAAAUGUCUGAAAGUUAGAACACUGAAGAAAACCAAAUCAGUAGCGAAGGCAAAGAAAGAGGAAAUUCAGUCACCAGAUGUCGGAACAAAAGAAAUUCGGGUACCAACGGCUGGUUACGACGUCGACGAUGAAGAAAAGCGUCUAAGGGAGGAACGACUUCAAAAUUUCGUAAACGCAGAGAGCAAUGAUCUGGAUAUGUCAAAAUAG